AUGACUUCUUCAACUUCUUCACAAGAACAAAUCUCUGAACAAACUCAAAUCUCUAAUACUCCAACAGAGAAAACAGCUUCCUUAGCGUUAUCAGAUGCCAUAAAAAUCGAAAAUGAUAUAACUUCUGCAGAACCAUCUAGUUCUGUACCUGACACAGUCAUCAAGGUUGAAAAGGACGCUAUUGACCCAGAAAUAAAAUUAGAACGCACUCCAGAUCAGAUUGAGGAAGAGAAGAAAAAAAUAUUGAGACAAGUAGAAUAUUAUUUUAGUGAUAUGAAUUUACCAAAGGAUAGAUUUUUAAAUGAAGUAAGAUCAAAGAACCCCGAAGGAUGGAUUCCAUUGAAAAUGAUCUGCAAGUUCAAGAAAAUGCAGGUCUACAAAGAUUAUAACUUGAUCGUUGAGACGUUAAGAGGAUCACCAAAUCUGCUUGAGGUUGAUGAGAAAGGGGAGCACGUCAGACGAAAGACUCCCGUCAUGAUUGACAUCCCCCAACAUAUCAAAGAUACUACAAUUUGGAGAUCAAUUUACGUAAAAGGGUUUAAUAAAGAAGAGAUUGAUUCAAACUAUGAGAAAGAAGUUGCAUCCUUCUUUUCACAAUUUAGUAAAGUUGAAAAAUCUUUUGCGAGAAAAAAAGAUGAUGGCACUUACAAGGAUUCUUUUUUUGUCGAAUUCGUUUCACAUGAAGAAGCAAAGAGAGUGUCGGAGAUGGAUUUAACAUAUAAGGACGCAAAGCUUAAUAUGAUGAUGAAGUUUGAUUACUGUGAAAUGAAAUGCAUCGAGAAGGGCCUUGAUCCCAACACCAUGCGAUUACAGAAAUCUACAGUCAAGAAAGAGAAACGUCCUUAUAAAAAAUCGCCCUCCGGUUGUUUGCUACAUUUCGAAGGUGCAGGUCCAAAUUCAACUUACUCGACCAUUCGGACACAAAUGCAUAAUGAUUUUGGUGAAGUUAAAUUUGUACAAUACGACCCACAAACUUUAUCCGGGGUUAUCCAAUUUGUUCAACCUAUUGCCCAUAAAGUUAUCGAGUCUCCUUCAUUUGAAAACUUGAGAUUUGAUAAUGUUCAACCUAAACUCAGGGUUCUCAAAGAUGACGAAGAAAAAGAAUAUUAUCGGAAAAAAAAGAGUGAUAAACUCGAAAGAAUCAAACAAGAACAUUCCCCAUCUGAAGAUUCCCCAACGGUUUCUGGAGUAAAACGUAAGUCCAACGAAGCCAACAGUCCUGAAUUACCCGAAGAAGUGCGACCAAAGUCUCCCAAAUUGGAACCCGUUGAGUGA